AUGACGCAACUUUUGUAUAUUGUAUUUUUUGUAGGACUAUUAGUCACGGUCAAUGGGGCAUUAAUAAAAGCAGUGACAGAUCUUUAUAUACCAUAUCUUGAUCAAGUUUUGGAUAUUUGCUUGCCGGAAACUAGAGCAACCCCUGAUGAUUUAGCAGAUUUGAUGCUUGAAAAGAUUCCUGCCAGCCAUGAAGGAAAAUGCUUCAUUUUCUGCAUGAACAAAAAUUUAGGAAUAGUUAAUGAAAAGGGUGUAUUCAAUUACGAUGAAGCUAACAAGUAUAUAGAUCCUGUUAAAGAAAAGAACCCGGAAUUAUACGGCAAGCUUCAAGACGGUUUUAAAAAAUGUGUUGUUAAUGCCAAAGAUGGUGACGACUUGUGUAUUCACUUGGCAAAUUUAGCUGAAUGUGUCAGUGAAGUUGUUAAAGGUUAAUGAUCAGUAAUUUGGUAAAUACGAGGCUUUUUAAAAAUGUGAAAUAAACUGGAUUAU